CAUAGAUAUUGGUCGAAGGUACAGUUUGCUGUAUUAUGUAACACCUUUGGAUGUCCGCCUUAGGCCCGGUGUUGGUUGUGAGAUUUGUAGGGUUUGGGGAAUAGCGGAUGUUCUGAAAGUGCCUGUACUGGUUGUUUUAACUUCUAAGAGAGAUUUCUGGUUCAGCAGCUCAGGACUGACAUAGAAUUCAGCUGUAAUAAUGGCACAGAGUAAGCUAAGUGAUUUGGCUGGUCGCUUUGGAAAGGGUCCCAAAGGUGUUGGAACAGGACUGAAGAUCCUAGCUGUAGCUGGUGCAGCUGCAUAUGGUGUGUCUCAGUCCCUCUAUACAGUCGAAGGUGGUCACAGGGCCAUAAUAUUCAGCAGAAUUGGUGGUGUUCAAAAGGAUAUUUAUGCAGAAGGCCUGCACUUUAGAAUCCCAUGGUUCCAGUACCCUAUAAUUUACGACAUACGAUCACGACCACGUAAAAUUUCUUCUCCAACAGGAAGCAAGGAUUUGCAGAUGGUUAAUAUUUCUUUGCGUGUGCUGUCCAGGCCAGAUGCAAAAAAUCUGCCCAUAAUGUACAGGCAACUGGGCCUAGAUUAUGAUGAGAAAGUUCUGCCAUCUAUUUGCAAUGAGGUUCUAAAGAGUGUUGUUGCUAAGUUCAAUGCCUCACAACUAAUCACCCAGAGGCAACAGGUGUCUCUUCUUGUUCGAAGGGAGCUCACAGAAAGAGCGCAAGAUUUCAAUAUCAUUCUGGAUGAUGUUUCAAUUACAGAACUGAGUUUUGGAAAGGAAUAUACGGCAGCUGUAGAGGCAAAGCAAGUAGCUCAACAAGAAGCCCAGCGUGCUGCAUUUGUUGUGGAGAGAGCAAAACAAGAGCGACAGCAGAAGAUUGUUCAAGCAGAGGGUGAAGCGGAAGCUGCCAAAAUGUUGGGACAGGCUGUAGCAAAGAACCCGGGAUACUUGAAGUUACGAAAAAUUCGAGCUGCACAGAGCAUAUCUAGAACUAUUGCCAAUUCUCAAAAUAAAGUCUUUCUCAGUGGAAACAGCUUAAUGUUGAAUAUUAGUGAUCCAACAUUUGAUGAUCUUAGUAAUAAGCUAAAACACUGAAAAGCAGUUGGUUGUAAUGCUUAACAAGAGCCAGUGGUAGACACACAAAUUAUGUAUUUCUCUUAAGGGGAAAAUGUCACCAGUCGCAAUUGUAAUACUGUUUGGUGAUAACUGCCAAUGAUUAUUUCAGGUGUCAGAUUGUGAAUAACAAUUUACAGUUAUGUAUAGCACUAUAAUGACUGAGAACUCAAGUGGAUUAUUAAUUGCAGAAAUAUUCUUUUGCGAUAUUUUAUAUGACCAUAAUAAAUAUUGCUUUUGUUUAAAA